AUGUCGUGGCCGGAAGAUGCCGAAGAGUGCGGGGAGAAGCACAACUUGGAGCCGGUGAGCCCCCACAAGGCCCUGGAGAUCUACCGUCUUAUGGACUCGGUGGCUGAGAUCCUCACGCACUUCGGCGUGCAGUGGUUCGCCUCCCACGGGUCUCUCCUGGGAGCCAUCCGCCAUCAGGGCCUCAUCCCCUACGACUGUGACGCGGAUCUCACGGUCUUCUCCUUCGACCUGCACAAGCUCACCAGCGCCCCUUUGCAGCUGGCGAUGCUGCGGAAUGGCCUGGUCAUGGACUUCCUGCCGGUGCAAAACCUGUUCACCAUUUGGAGGCAGGGCCGGCACGGCACCAUCGUGCACCGGGGGGUGGGGGCCAAGAAUAACAAGGUGGACGCGCAGCCGGACCUCCACAUCUUUGUGCUCUUUAGCUUCGUGGAGGACCGGAAUUGGCAAUACGAGACGGACCGCAUCAAGCACUUGGCCCUAGAGUUGGAUGAGGACGAGCUGCUGCCGCUGAAGCCCCGCUUCGCGCGCUUCGGGGAGAGCUGGGUGGCUGUGCCCGCGGAUCCGGAGGCCUACCUCGACAAGAUGUAUGGCCCCGACUGGCGAAGAACCAAGCGCUGCAUGACCGGGCGCCAGGAGCUCAAGGAAUUUGAGCCCACCGAGUUGGAGUCGGACCCAAAGAUGGCCUUACCCACUGGCCCGCUGCUGCCCGUGGUUUUUCCGGAGCUUGAAAUAUAA